AUGCCAUUCGACUUCGAAACGCUGCCCUUGGAGAUUCAAGAAAGAAUUUUUGCAAAGCUGUCCCUACCCGACCGCCUUGGCCUUCGCCAUUCAAAUCGUCUACUUCGGCGGAAAAUUGGGAAUUUUGGCUAUUUGCCAAAUCGAUUGGACUCGCUGGAAGCAGAGGAGAACGGGAAGUGGCUAGACCUGCAGCGCGGAAACGAGACGAUACGCGCCGAGGCGAAAAGCUACAGCUUCCAGUCGACGAGCAUUUUGCUCGAUCAGCCGAUCAGAGAAAGCACGUUCAUUUACCUUCCGCCUCAAGGCACUGCUCGGUUAUUUCGAGAAGUAUUGAAAAAUCUGCUCGCAAGGUCUCUUCGCCUCUUCGUCGACCCUUUUCAACCGAAAAAUCCCCGGUCCGCCGAUCGAUUAAAUCUAAAACACGUCGAAAAUGUGCAGCUACGAUUCCCGUGCGUAGAUGACUUGCCGGUGAUGUUGGGGCGGCUGGUUGGCUCGAGAAUUGAGAGGCUCCACAUUCAUCAAGAUUUUUGCUGCCAUUCGGAAAUCCCGCCCUACUGCGCUUGUCGGCAUUUUGAUACCGAGAAGUUGUCGGCGAUUUUAUGUGAUGCAAAGAUCCCCUCCACCUCAACCCUAUGCUUCUCCCUGCGACAACCACGCCAAAUUCUACUACCCAACGGCCAGCUGGUCCAAAGAAAAAUCGACUUCCUAAAGCUACGCCGCGAUACACUGGACGUAUUCAUGCCAGGAGUCGACAUUUCGGCAUGUCUCCAGAAAAUUCGCAACGAAGAGGCGUCAUACCGCUUCAAGAGUCUAAUUCUUCGGCCUGUGGAUCAGAUCUCGCUCGACCAUCUAAAGGGCCCGGAAACGACGUCGUUUGAAGAAUCGAAGACUGGCAUCUACAGAAUAGCCAUUUCUUCCUUCUAUCUGCAUGUCGAACGAUUAGUUGAAUAUCCUGAAGACAAAGAAGUGUCUAAAAACGCUCAAAACCCUGAAGAAAACCUCCUGGAACCCGAAAAGGAGCACGACUGGGCAGAGGAAUCUGAGGAGUCCAGAAUACACGACGACGACUCGGAAUCAGAGCCCGAUUCUGAGGAUGACGUCGUGCAAGAGGAAGAUGAGGAUGAGACAGAAGUGGAAGAAGGGCGC